GUUCCUAUUUUUAAUUUGUGGUUUUAGCCGUUUAGCUUCAUUAACUCCUAUUCAUUUGGGAAUCUCUCGCGGGCUCCCUCUAUCACUUAACAGUGGAUGGGUUCACCAUGAACUGGUGUUCUAUCAAAUUUUGCUACCCUCGUGUAUUUUUAAACGAAAAAAAAAAUGCGUUCGGUAAAAUAUUUUGAAAGCCUGACUCAAUAUAUCAGAACAGAACAGAAUUACCAUUAAAAAAAAGAAAAUAAAUGUGGCUCCACGCAUGCGCACUGGUGUGGAGAAGCACUUUUCGAUGGGUAGCGCAACCCGACAGAACACCGGAUCUGAUCUCACCACAACGCAUGUGCUGACACCGGAUACAAAAAAAAACCUUAGGACUCUUAGCGUAGCAUGGGAACUUAGGACAGAAUGAGGUGAAGUUAUUGCUUUUUAAACGCUGAAUAUUUCAAACAAACAGAGAAAAGGAUUAAAUAUAGGACUACAAUGGCUCUGAGGACUUUUUCGAGAGAGUCAAUGAGGAGGCUAACGUUGCUUCCAUCUAACUUGCCUUUUCUGCUGAUUCCCAGGCUUAGCUCUACUUUAAAAACAUAUCUUGAGGAUUUCUGCAAACCAGGGGUCAUUCUCAAGUCUCCCUCUACUGACAUUUUCCAAAACCUGGCUCUGGAGGACUGGAUACACCAGCAUAUUGAUGUACAGACUCGAAGAGUGCUGCUUCUGUGGAGAAAUGAUUCAGCUGUGGUUAUUGGUAGGCACCAAAACCCUUGGCAGGAGUGCAACCUGCCCAUGAUGAGAAAACUUGGGAUACCACUGGCUCGACGUAGAAGUGGUGGUGGGACUGUUUAUCAUGAUUUGGGCAACAUAAACCUGACUUUCUUUACAUCCAAGAAGAACUAUGACCGCCGCAGGAACUUAGGGGUUGUUACUGGUGCUCUGAAGGACUUGAGGCCAGAUCUGGAUGUCGUUGCCACAGAUAGAUUCGACAUUGUCCUAAAUGGUGAUUAUAAAAUCUCAGGAACUGCUGCAAAGUUGGGCAGGACAGCUGCAUACCAUCACUGCACUCUAUUGUGCUCCUCCAACAGGCCCCUGCUUUCCUUGGUGCUCCAGAGCAACUGCAAAGGCAUCAAAAGCAAUGCCACCCCUAGUGUACCAUCCCCUGUCAAAAACCUCAUGGAUGAAGAUCCGUCUUUGGAGGCCACUGACAUCAUGGAAGCCAUUGCCUCUCGCUACAAUGCAGAAUUUGGCUUUGAUGGCCCCAUCAUAACCGUGGAUCCCAGUGUGGAGGACCUGAUGCCUGGCAUUCAUGACAUGGCAGCUGAACUAAAGACCUGGGAGUGGGUUUACGGCAGGACACCCAAGUUCAGCAUCUGCACAUCUUUCACAGUCGAAGGUGCAAAUGUUGCACUGGAUAUGGACAUCAAGAAUGGUGUGGUAGAAAAGUGUGCCAUGGACGUACCCCAACAAUGGCUGCUCCCAGAGGUUGGGCAGCAGCUUUGCUCAGCACUCACCAGUGUCCGGUUCUGUCCAAGUGAGGCUGCGGCAGUUGUGGCCGCCCUCAUGAGGACGAGCUCGCAAGAUCCUGACCUUGCAAGAAAGACUCGCCGUCUGUAUGAAAGUGUUGUGGCAGUAAUAUGAAUAAAGCUUUUAUAUCUGUU